AUGGGCAGUUCCUCACCAGGGCCCCCACCUUACCAUUCUCGCUCAUCAGAGGCAGACCCUCUGAUAGGGCCUCGCAAGCCUUAUCGUCGCUAUCAAUCUUUCUGUGUCUAUGUAGCAAUCGCUCUCUUUUUUAUUACAUUCACGAUUGUCAAUUCCCCCAUUAUUUUUCACAAGGACCCCUUAGAUCCGGAUGUUCGAGACCGCAUUCGCAAGGACUGGGACAUUGAACUUCGCCAGCACCAGAAAGAAGUUCUCGAGCACAAUUACACCAAAACACGCUGGCUUCUGGAAGAUGACAACAGGAUUCUGGAAGAACACGAGCGUAAAGUGGAGGAGAGACGGAAACACGAAGAAGAAGAACGCCUGAGAUUGAAUAUGUUUUGGACUGACUUGGCUUCUCAAACGUGCACAUCAUAUGCCACUCGAGAGUACACUGCCCGACUGGUGAACGUUCCAUCAUAUUACGACCGCCGUGUGGAGGCUUGUAUGGCCACACCGGUAAAGAUCCAUGGGGUUGAAUACAUGCCUAAGUGGUGCGAGGACUAUGGUCCAAACGAUGUAAUAGGUCAUUGGGAAGUCGACCAGCAUGAGCCGGAUUGCGCAUCGUACUGGCUCUGGUACAAAGAUAUUGGCUGUAUUUCUCCUGGAUCCGGUCAGCGACGUAUUGAACAUUACCUCGAGAACCUUCCGUCGGGAGCUGAUUGGAAGGAGUUCUGUGCUACCACUCCUGCAAGCUUCCUCGGGAUGCAUUUCAUGGGGGCAGAAAUCUGUUUCCAAAAGGAUUAUGGCACAUACGGUCACUGGGUUUUUGAUGACGAGAACUGUUAGUAAUCCGCCAUGACGUCUCGAUGUUGGAUGAGGGUGAUAUUGUUUUGGAAUUUUGAUGGGCUAUUUUUGUUGUACCAUUCGUUGUACAUUAUACUUGUACCACUG